UGCGAGUUGCUGGACGCGUCACUUAUUCAGUAGUGCGAGCGGCCCGUGCAGUUGUUUCGUGGCUUUCCACGCGCACCGUGUAAGACACCGCCGGUGGGGGCAUGCAUUAAACGGAUGGGAAAGGUUAGGGUGGAUUAUUGAUGGAUGGACAUUCUUAGCGACUCUUAUCUGUGAGGUGCCGGGGGGUGAAGGUGGAGGAGGGAGGGUGCGGUGUGGUGGUGCAAAACGGGAACCGAUAUUGUUUGACACACAUGUGUUGAUGUGUAUUUUCGUUUUGUCGCAGAUCUUAACGCGUGCGUUCGCGCUUACCGAACGGCGGAACCGACGGUGUUGGUGAUAGACGGCGCUAGACGGUGGUGGUGGUGGCGGUGUUGGUGCUGAGGGUGACGGUGGCCUGCUGCUAAUAAAAUCAUCGAUCCCGCAAGCUGUCCAGUGCAGUGCCGUAUCAACACUAGCGGACGGAACAACACACAGGGGAAGAAAGCUGUGAUCUACGAUCAACAAACUUCAGAGUGUGUGUGCGUGUGUGUGUGGUACAGUGUAAAAGGAUCAUUAGUUGCGUGGUAAUCGUAUUAUAAAGUGACCAACGUGUGCAGUGCCCAAUGUCUCGUCAAACGCAUCAAACGGUCGGGUCGGUGCUGUUGCUUGUGAUGCACUGUGUGAUUUCGUGCACGAGCAGUGGAUACCUUGCUGAGGGGCCGAUGGCGGAAGCGUUACAACCGGACAGUUCCUGCGAUCGUGAGGAUGCGCUUCGUGUUUGCAUCGAAGACGGAUGUUUGACUGGUGCGUACCGGCCGGGCAUGAACGGUGAAGAUUUUGAAGCGUUUUUGGGCAUUCCCUUCGCAAAGCCGCCCGUCGGAGAGCUACGAUUUGCGGAUCCCGUCCGCAACGAACCAUACGCCGGCCAGCUGUACAACGCCUCGUUCGAACGUUCGAUGUGUCUGCAGCGGAACGAUCUGCUGCCGGAUCCACCCGUCACCGGCAGCGAAGACUGUCUCUACCUGAACGUGUACCGUCCAAAGGGAUGCACUGACGCGACCAGCUCCAACUUACCUGUCAUAGUGUACAUCCAUGGGGGAGGCUUCUUCUCGGGCACCGGUAGCCCGCUAGUGGUUGGCCCGGAGUACAUCAUGGAUACGAAGCGUGCGAUACUGGUCGCGAUCCAGUACCGGCUCGGUGUGCUAGGAUUCCUUUCGACCGGCGAUUCGUACGCAUCGGGCAAUGCUGGACUUAAGGAUCAAACGCUUGCGCUGCAGUGGGUCAAACAGAACAUAGCCAAGUUUGGUGGAAACGAUCAGCUAAUUACGAUCGUUGGACAGAGCGCGGGUGCCACGUCCGUCCACAUGCAUCUGAUCAGUCCGCUGAGCCGCGGUCUGUUCCAUCGAGCGAUUAUGAUGAGCGGUAACUCGCUUGUUCCGUGGAACAUUCCCACCAAGGAUCCGCUCGCGCUGGCCCGGGACACGGGCGUUGUGGUGGACAUAAUGGGAGCGGAGAAUCUGUCUAGCAAGAGCUUGAUUGCGGCACUGCGUGAAGUUCCCGGCGAGAAGCUCGUCGGCAGUACGUACAAACUGAAGCUCUGGUCAGUCGAUCCUCUGACACUCUUCCGCCCGGUGGUAGAAUCGAAGAACUCGCCGAACGCAUUCAUCACCGAAGAACCGAAGGCAAGCUGGCUCAGUGGAAACUAUCAGCAGAUCCCGUACAUGGCCGGGUACGUCCCGAACGAAGGUGCCGUCCGUGCGCUAUCUAUCUUCAAGAAUGCGCAGCUGUUUGACGAGCUCAAGAGCAACUUUAGCACCAUUCUACCGAUCCUGCUCGAGCGACCACCCUCGAAGACGCUGAUCGAGGAGAUACGGUCACGCUUCCUGAACGACACGACCGAUGACGAACCGAUCCGACCCGAUAAUCUGCAAGCGUUUGUUGAUCUAUACAGCGAGGCUGCGUUCAUCUAUCCCGUGCAGUUGGGUGUGAAAGAGUACAUCACCGUGGCAAAUACCGACAUGGCACCGGCCAGCAUCUACAAGCUAUCGUACAAAGGACGAUACUCGUACUCGGUCGUGUACGCUGGUGGUGACACGGGCGAUUACGGCGUGGUACACUGUGACGAUCUGAACUACCUGUUCCGUCAGCCGGCCAUCUUUCCCGACUUUCCGCCCGGAUCGCCCGAAACAAAGAUGGUGGAUACGUUCGUUAACUUCUUCAUCGAUUUCGCGAUCACUGGCCGUGCAAAGCAGCUCGCACCGUACCGAGAAUGCAAGAACGAGAACCAAGUCUACCAAUCGCUCGACUGUGAUGUGCAGGAGUUUGUCCGCGUCGGGGACGAGGUGCAGGUGAACGUGAUCAGCGCCCGGAAUGAGGAAAUGUUUGCCUUCUGGAAAAAUUUCUACUGAAUCCUGUGCACAGAACCAGGUCCGGGGGAUGGGCAGCUUCUAUUGUGAUACUUAACAACCGAUUCCAAAAUGUCCGACUGGCAACAGAUGACGGGCGUGCCGGAGUACACAGUGCAAAUGUAAGAUAAAGAUGGUCUAGAUUUUGUUUUUUGGAUAGCUUCUUGGUGAUUUUUUUUUCGUUCGUUUUUUUUUUUUGUUAAGGAUUGUGCACCACCAAAUCCCAAUGUCUUUGUUAUGCUAGUUUAGUUUAGUGCUUUGUUGCUUACACAAAGUGUAAGUUGUGCCGGAAAGAGAUGCAAUUGUUAGAAAAUAGAAUAAAAGGGGAAAAUGUAUUAUAGAUCA